AUGACUGCCAAAGCGCGCUCUGCGGCGCACUCCCCCCCCUGCCCCGUCUUCGCCAGCAGCACGCUCGAAUGGACUCCGCUCGGCCGCUUCCACCGCUUCCUCGGCGCCGCCUCCCUCCCCCGCCGCAUUCAGCGCUUGCGCCGCCGGCGCCACCCUGCUGCGCGCAAGGUGCUCGGCGCAAGCCGACAACGGCGCAUUCCGCCCUCCUUGUCAGCUGCCGCGCGGGGAGACAACCUCCUACCCGGAGGCGCUCUGCCAUCGGCGGAUGAUCCACAGGCGCCGCAGCAGGAGCAUGAGCAGCGGCGGAGGCGCAGCGAUGGGCGGCGAGUGCGGUUCGAUUUGGGCGACAAUGACGACGAUGAAGCUAGGAAAGAGACGAACGCUGGCGACAGCAGCAGCCGGCAGCGGUUCGGGUUGGAGCGCGGCGGGCAUCCGUUGGGCGUGCAACCCCUAGGGAACCUCUUCCUGCGCUCCGACCAUAACCCCCUUAAACCCCUCCGCAACGCGCGCGACGCGGGGCUCGGCGCACUGCGGCGCCUGCCGGACCCAAUCCUGCUGGACAUCGUGGGGCGGCUGCCCGCCGAGUCGCUGUGCCACGUGGGCAUGGCGAGCCGCGCGCUGCACGUGGUGGCGCACCAGGAGGAGCUGUGGCGCGCGCUGGUGCUGGAAUCCGCGGAAGGCGGGUUCGAAUGGGAGGCGAGCUGGCGGUGGACUUACGUACCGGACUUCUAUUCGGACUAUUUCUUCCAGAGCUGGCUCUGCACCAGCCUCGCCCUGCCGCCCGCCUGGACCACCCACGACAACAUCCCGCGCGUCGCCGCCACCUCCCUCUCGCCCGCCGACUUCGCCGCCCGCUUCGAGCGCCCCGGGCGGCCGGUGAUCAUCACAGGCGCCAUCAACCACUGGCCGGCGUUGUCCCGGUGGCAGGACCGUGCGUACCUGUGUGGCGCAGCGGGCGACAGUGCGUUUGCGUGCGGGCCGGUGGAGCUGAGCUUGGAUCAGUACUGGCGGUAUGCGGAUGGAGUGCAGGAGGAGCGGCCGCUGUACGUGUUUGACCCGCGGUUUGGGGAAAAGGCGCCUGCUCUGUUGGGAGACUAUGAGGUGCCCGAGUACUUCCGAGAGGACCUCUUCCAAGUGCUGGACCUGGGGACGGGUGGUGGGGAGAAUGGAGGGGAGAACGGGGGUGAGCGGGGCGCGGGUGGAGCUGGGGGAGAAGGGGGAGAUGGGGGUGAGGGGAGUGCGGGCGGGAGGGGAAAAACGGGGGAAACUGGUGAAGUGGAGGUGGGUGCAGGAGAGGGAGAGGGAGAGGGAGAGGGGCAAGGGAAGAAGGAGGAGACGAGUGGGCGACCUGAUUUUCGGUGGCUGAUCAUGGGCCCUGCCCGGGCGGGGUCAUCAUGGCACAUAGACCCCAACUCCACGUGCGCCUGGAACGCCGUCAUCACCGGCUCCAAGAAGUGGAUCCUCUUCCCGCCCAACGAGGGCCCGCCACCUGGCGUGCGUGCGAGCCCCGAUGGUGCUGACGUGGCGGCGCCGGUGUCGAUCACGGAGUGGUUUAUGAAUUACUACGAGGAGAUGCGGCGGGGGCCGGUGACGGCGUAUGAGGGCGUGUGUGCGGCGGGCGAGGUGAUGUUUGUGCCGCAUGGAUGGUGGCACAUCGUGCUCAACCUGGAGGAGUCCAUUGCUCUCACUCAGAACUAUGUCUCCAGCGCGAACCUGUUGGAUGUGAUGCGGUUCCUGCAGCGGCCCAAUGCGCGUGUACUGGUGUCAGGCAUGGGCGAGGGGCAGCGCGAGGGGCUGCACGACCGCUUCCGUGAGUGCCUGGCGGUGCACCGCCCAGGGCUGCUGGAGAGGGAGGAGAGGGACGAGGAGGAGCGCGAGCUCAGACGCAAGCAGAAGGCUGCUUUCUGGGAGCAAGCAGCUAAUGCGGGUGAUGGGGGGUUCAGAUUUGGAUUUUAG